UUCGGGCGCCUGGCGCCGCACGUCCUGUUUUCCAGUCACCGCCAGGACCAGGCCGUCCGCUGCUUCCCGCCACUGCAACCUGCCUAAGGGAGUACAAAGAGCGGAGGGAGGGCUCGACCCAGGGUUGGGGUUCAACCCUGCCCGCUGGGAGCCGGCAGUGCCGCGUCCCUCAGCUUCUUUGGUAUUCUGCUGCGCAAGAUUCCGGGAAACGUCCGCCUGCCAUGAGCCGGCUGGCCUGAGUUGGAGAUCUAGGGCAGCGCGGGCCGGCGAGCUUGGGGUAAACCGGGACUCAAGGAGUGCAGCCCGAGGCUGCCGGAACUGCGGAUCGGGGCCGGGUGAUGAUACGGGGCGUGGAGGCGCCGAUGGGGGACAACCCGCCACCGCCGGUCAUCUUCUGCCACGACUCUCCAAAGCGGGUGCUGGUGUCUGUCAUCAGGACGACCCCGAUGAAGCCAGCGUGCGGCGGCGGAGGGGAGCCGGAGCCACCGCCGCCGCUCAUCCCCACCAGCCCCGGCUUCAGUGACUUUAUGGUGUACCCGUGGCGCUGGGGCGAGAACGCGCACAACGUGACGCUCAGCCCCGGGGCCGCCGGGGGCGCCGCCUCGGCCUCCCUGCCGGUUGUAGCGGAGCACCCGGGGUUGCGGGGCCGGGCCGCGCCCCCGCCCGCUGCCUCGGUCGCCGCCGCCUCGGGAGGUGAGGACGAGGAAGAAGCGAGCAGCCCGGACAGCGGCCACUUGAAGGAUGGAAUCCGGCGUGGUAGACCCAGAGCGGAUACAGUUCGGGAUUUAAUAAAUGAAGGAGAACAUUCAUCUAGCAGGAUCCGUUGUAACAUCUGUAAUAGGGUAUUUCCAAGGGAGAAAUCACUCCAGGCUCACAAAAGGACUCAUACAGGUGAGAGACCCUAUCUGUGUGACUAUCCAGACUGUGGAAAAGCCUUUGUUCAAAGUGGACAGCUCAAAACUCAUCAGCGUCUUCAUACUGGAGAGAAGCCUUUUGUUUGUUCAGAAAAUGGUUGCCUGAGUAGAUUCACCCAUGCAAAUCGCCACUGUCCAAAGCACCCUUAUGCAAGGCUGAAGAGAGAGGAGCCCACGGACACACUGAGCAAACACCAGGCGGUGGACAACAAGGCUGCUGCUGAGUGGCUGGCAAAAUACUGGGAAAUGAAAGAGCAGCGUGCCCCCACCUUAAAAGCCAAGCUGGUUCAGAAGGCGGAUCAGGAGCAGCAGGACCCUCUGGAAUACCUUCAGUCUGAUGAGGAAGAAGAUGAAAAGAGUGGUGCCCAGCGCCGGCUACAAGAGCAGCGGGAACGCCUGCAUGGGGCCCUGGCGCUCAUUGAGCUUGCCAAUCUGACUGGGGCGCCACUCCGCCAGUAGGCUGCACACAGACUGCACUGUACAAAAGUACUGCCCAGCGUACUUACAAAGUAGAUCCUUGGGCGUAAGCUAAGCACCUUAUUUGCUUGUCAUAGGCUGCUAUUCUGUAGAAAUUUAUGAAGAAUGUCAUUGCUCCAGAAUAUGGGGUGAGAGAGAAUUGCACUUUUUUUCUAUGGAAAUGGAUUUGAUGUAAAGUUUAAAAUAUUUUGUAAAUAUGGACUGCACAGUACAGGGUAGAAAACUACAUAUUGUGGGAAGCUAGAUUUUGCAAGUUUAAUGCAUUCAUUGGAAGCAGUUCUCACAGGAGGCACUUUCUGAAUAAGACAUUUGUGUGAAAGAAAAAAAAAAGAAUGGUACAAAUAGCCAAAGAAGGUUGAAAUAGAUUAUUUGAAAGAUCUUUUUUAACAAUGUAUAUUUGUAUGUUUUAACGAUAUAAGAUGGGUGUAUAAGGUAAAUGUUUCAAAGUUGCAAAAUAGCAUGCCCAAUAAGCUGGAAAAAUGGGAAGAUGCUCUAAGUCAUGGACUUGUCAAACAGUAGAUAGUUGAAGAUUUUGGUAAGCUGCACCACAGUUCAGAAUUUUCAAAAGUGGAGUAAAAUCAGUCUGUCUUUAUCUUUCAGGGGCUUUAUAAUUCACUAUAAUGUUUAAGUUUGAAAAACACUUGUCACCCUUUACAUGUUAACUUGGUAAUUUUUGCACAUUUCACAUUUCUCAUUCGCUGAAAUUGAGUGAUUAAUCUUGCAAAGUCUAGGUAACAUGGUAAUUGGUGUAUAUAUCUAUACCAAUUACAUCUGUUAUGGGCCCUGUAAUGAGAUUUGGCACUUGUGUUUGUAUUAAUAAAAGGGACUUCUACAGGGUUAUUGUAUAGUGAAAUGUUUUGGAUCUUUUGUUAGUAAACACUAAAUUUUAUUUGUACUGCUUGUUUAGCGUUUUUAGCAGAUGGAAGCCUCCAUAUUUAUAUUUUCAGUGCAUAAAGCCACCUUCUUGCUUUACUUCAGAAUAACAUGCCAAACUAUUUUGUGUUCACUAAAUUUAGCUGUCAAUUAAACACAGCAGAAGAAUAUUAGCUACUCAAAUAUAUAGGCAUCUGGAAUAGUUUGAACUGCAAGUGUAUUGACUUGUGUGGUGGUUUUAAAUCUUGUUUUCCAAAUAAAUGAAAUUAUUAAGCACCACCUUAUAUAUUAAAGAAAAAAAAAGAAAAUCUGAGCAGUCCACCUCCCAAUGUAGGCAUAAAACUGUUACUUCAGCUUUAGUUAUAAGCUGAAAUAAAUUACAUGCAUAGCAUGGUAAUUUAAAAAUUGCUUAGAGUAAACCACAGAGUAGUAGAAGGAAAGAUUGGUUCUUCAGAGCCUUUUUUACUUUGAGUUUAGGUGGUAUCCUACAAAUGUAGUUCACACAUUAUCUAGAAUGUAGGCUUCUUUAUCCAAAAAUCCCAAUGUAUUGUAGUAUACAGGUAGUUUAAAAUGAAUAGCCAUGGGGGAAGAGGUAUGUAAUUGUCUUGAAAGAAGCAAAAGUAUGAAACUGAAUAUAAGAGUUGCAAAUAAUGUGUAUGAUGAGGACAUACUUUAAAAAUGUAAUUCCUCUGUACAGUAAAUUACAAAUAUUUAGGGAUUGUUUAUUGUAAGAAAAAAAUUUAUAUUUGUAAUAGUCGAAGAAUUUUGUUUGUAAUCUGGUAUAUAGAAUUUUAACUUGGAGCACUUAAAAAUGUGGUGAGAGAGAGCAUAGCAUCUGAAUUUUCUGUUUGAAUUUUUCCUCUUAAGUGAACAUAAAUAUAUGAAUUGAAAAGCAACAUUUAUCAGUCUUGGGAAGUUUAAAGUCUGAAAUUUUACUUAAGGAAGAAAGGGCAAUACAAAGUUUGAAAAUGCAAGUAUUUGCCAGAUGAUAAAAUUUAAGACCUAAAAGGAAGGGUUUUUGUUAGUUUCCAGUCAGCUUUUGUCAACCACACUAGUUAUUUCAGAAACAUUUUUUUAAAUUUGUAUAAUUAGAACAAUUAAAGAGAUGAUAACUUCACUAUGGAUACAUUUUUAGAGGUUCAUUUUUGAUAUAAGAUACAUUUGGACAAAAUAUAUUGGCAUCUAAAAUUUGAGGUGUGUUCAGACUGCUUUUUGUUUUAAAAAUGUGGUUUACAUUCAAAUUUUGGAAGUGUUUUAUGUUUCAUAUGGCAAAGUUGUAGUUUGGCAGAGUUAGCAGCAUAUCAAUAAAUAUGCUGUAAUUUUAAAAGAUGCUUUGAAUAAAAAUUUAUUUUAAUUUAAA